GAUUUAGAGAGCAUUUUAACAUACAGAAAAGGAAAGAAAAAAAAAACGAAUUACACAGUUGUAAUACUACUUGUUGUUGUUGUGGUGUUUGUAUUAUUAUUAACAAAAAAUAUACAAAUAAAGAAAUAAAAUAUUUAUAAUAUUUGAUUUAGUUAUAAAAAUCUCUAUUUAAUAAAAAUAUUUACUAAAAUAGGAAAAAUCACAAUAGAAACGGAAUUGGCAGGAAGAAAGUUUAGUUGAAAUGCUUUUUUUACAUCUACAAUAAAACGUAACAAAUGUUAAAGGCCUUCAACGUUAGUAAAAAGUAAAAAUAAAAAAAAAAAAAAAAAAAUGAAACGAAGGACGUCAGUUGUACAGCUGAAAACAAUAGAAUAAAAAAUAUUUAUUAACACUAAAUGUAACAACUGUAACAAAGUGAUAGAGAAAGAUCAAGAGAUGUUAUGGCAUACAUAGAUUAACACUAAACAAUAAAUUUAACAAAAAUAAUUUAAAAUAAUAAAAAUCAAAAAAUAAAUAUAUUAACACCAAUACCAAUAAAAACAACAUGCUAAUGAAUAUAAAUACAGCAUAUUUGAAAUAUGACGUCUUACACUCAAAACGAUUAUUAUUUUAAUGAAAUCGAUGCCUUAUCCUGCAAUAACCGACCAAUUAGCAGCACCUUACGCAAUAAAGGUACGUAUAAUGCGUAUGAAAGUCAAACAGAAGAUGAAACAACUAGUUAUGAUAUAUAUGGCAACCAAGAGUACAACGACGGAAGUAGCUGUGAUAGCUACAACCAUCAACAAAGAUCAGCAUCAACCAUGUCAAAUGCCGGUAACUAUAAUGUCACAUAUUACAGCAAUGAUUACAACCAAUAUUGUAAAAACGUAAUAGCUACAGACAACUUAAUGUACCAUCAUGAUGCCUGCAGUGGCGAUAGUUAUGAUAUUUAUUCGACGCUUGAUUAUGGUGAUUAUGACAAUCUUAGGGGAGAGUGUAUCUAUGGAACGACGUCUGGAGGAGAAGAUGGAAAUGGUCGACCAUUUACGGCUCUCGGAGAUAGUAACAAUAAGAUGUUACCACAAGUACCGCCAGUGCAGCAUAGUCAUAGCAUGUGGGAUGGUAUGUACAGUAGUGGCCAACACAGGCAGAGUAAUGUUAGUCUACCGUCAACGCCAACAUUCCGUUAUAACGGUGGAAGUGUUGGCGGUAGAGGAGUGGGCUCUAAUAAUGGGGAUUGGGACAGAGGCUUCAUUGCGAAUGGUGUUAAAGCUCAGUUUAAUGGUCAACGACAUUAUGAUGAAGGUGGAUGUGGUACUGGCUUUUACGGACAUAGACCACCGGAGCGCGUAUUACCUUUGCCCCAGUCCCAGCAGCCCCAAACAUAUGCCAAGAAAUAUUUAAAACAAGCUUUUUUUGAAGAUAAUUCCGACAACAUGGCAACAACUACAUCAUCGAUGUCAGCAUAUAGAAAUCAAAUAAAUCUGGAUUACAAAAAGGAUAAUCCUGUACAACACCCCGUUACACAAAAACUUCCGCCUUACAAUCUCUAUUAUGAUAAUGGCAGUUUAAUCGAACCACCACAGAAUAGCCGUGAAACAGAUUAUAAUAAUUCCUAUAACACCUUUGAUACCCCACGCUACUCAAUAGAGCCACGCCCACAUACAGCCAUGCAAUCAAGAGAUGACUAUAACGAUUUCGGUUUGAAUUCUAUGGACAAUAUGUCAACGUAUAGCGACACUGUUGUACCAACAGCAAACACUUAUGCCAACCAACAAAAACUACAAGACUUGCAAAAAUGCCGUUACUCCAUCAUUAUGGCCAUGACAACAGCAUCUGUCAUUGCCAGCGGCGAAACCCGUAUACCACAACAUUUGCUAAAGAAAACAACAAAGCCAUCGGCAGGGCUCGUAACGGAUUUAACAACAUCAAGUGGAGCAAUAAAAGCGGGAACUGGUGCUGGCCUGACAUCAUCGUCCGUCUCAUAUAUGUAUGACGAUACUAAUAGUGGUUUCGGGGUAAUAGGCAGCAACAACAAAAAUAGUAGUAUUAGCGGGAGUAAUAAUUUAACGUCAUGUGCCUAUACAAACAGUUCAGCUGCUCUUCCCCCCGUUACGUUAACAACAGCAGCUUCAUCGUCAAUGCUGUUGUUGUCUUCAGCCUCACCAAUUGUGGCUGAUAGUGCAAACAGCAGCAUCAUUAAAAAUGACACUGCAACUACUACAGAAACAGCGUUGACGGGUUUGUCUAUGCUGAAAAACUUGACUUCUAGAAAAUUGCCAAAACAUCACACUGGUCGUGGUCACGUUGUGGCCACCAACAAACAAUUGCCGCAAUCACCUCAAUACCCGUUAAGUCAUGCCAUAACGGUCAAAACACUACCAGUAACCCCACAAACAACAUCGUCGCUGAAAGCAAACGAUACAUUAGAUAACAUUAAUUUGCCAUCGUCCAUUUUAUCAGCAACAUCAAUAACAUCAACCUCAUCUAUAUCAACAUCAAAGUUUUCGUUACCAUACCAAGGUACAUCUUUAGCAUCAAGCUCACUUUUAGCAACAACAGCAAAAACUACAGAUAUAGCAACAACAUCGCCAUCAUCAUCCAUAAAUGCAAUAACAGCAGUAACAACAACAACAUCCAAUUUGCUGCCUAACAACAAUAACAAUACCCCAGAUUUAAAAAAUUAUGACAACGUGAAUAAUUAUAAAAAUAAUAACUUUUUCAAUAAUAAUGUACAAACUACUGACGACAAAUAUUCCGUAGAACCAUUUCAAACCAAAUCAGAAACAUCAGCAAACGAUAAAGAAAAACCGAUAUAUCAUUUAUCAACGACGCCGUCCAGAUUAAACAAUUUAUCAGCAAUAAAUGACGCAUCUGCGAAAGCAUCCCCACAAUUCAAGGUUGGAACGGCAUACGACUCAUUCAUCUCCUCAUCAUCAUCAAUAGCAACAACAAGUGAAACAACCAUAACAACAAUAUCAUCUUCCGUAAUAACAACAGCAACAACAACUAAACUUGACAAUGAUUAUAAGACGACUUUUACCGACUACACCGACUACUUAAAGCCUUAUACAUUGCCAACAUUCUCCUCCUCCAGCAACAGUAGCAGCAAUAAUACAAAUCUCCAAUCUACCCUUAACCAAAAUAGUAGCAUUAGUAGUAGCAGUUAUUUACCAUAUCCUAGUCUAGAUAUUAAUACCGAUUACUUAACACAAUUCACGUCAUCUAUUACCACAUUAUCCACAACUAUCACUUCAUCACCGGUAACGUCUACUACAACACCAGUCACAACGUCAGCACCAACAUCAACAAUAUUAGCAAUAAAUAACAGGGGACUUAAUAACAUAAUAACAGCUUUAAAUUUAAGUGAUAAUAAUAUUAGACGUAAAAGUAGUAUUAGUUCGCCCGUAACAAAAAUUGCAAGUCCUAGUGAUAGUGUUGUUCCAAAUACCUCAAUAUCAAGCUAUACAACAGCAGCAACAACAACAUUAUCAUCAAACGUUCAAUCAUCAAUAGCGUCCCCAUCAUCAAACACCUUAACAACAUAUUUAGAUCAAACAUUAAUGAGCACAUCCACCAUACUACAACACGAUCCUAACGACCAGGUUGGAAAACUAGAUAUCGAAACUAGUUUAGACAAAAACCAAGUGACGACUACCAAAGAGUCAGCUUCAGCAUUGUAUAUAGACCAAUAUGAUAAUUAUUUAAAAGACUAUAAGCUCGAUUUUAUAUCAGCCUCCACAACAAUAUUAACAGAAACAACAUCAUCACCUACAACACAUACUUCAGCGACGACCACAACCUCUUUUACAUCCGCAUCCUCUUCAACGUUGAAUAAUUCAUGGCCGACAAGCACAAUGUCGUUGUAUACAAUAGCAACUACGACCACGACCACAACAAUAAAAUCAAACGACAAUACAAGUUGUUAUACGAUAAAUAACAAUAAAGGAUAUACAGAUACAGUGUUGUCAACAUUUGCACCAAAUUGUUUGUUUACAACAACUGAAACUAAAGCGCCUAAUGCUGAAUUAACACCAACGGCAGCCACAUCUACAUCCGCAUUAACAUCAACAAAACACUCUGUGACAACAACUGCUGAGGUUGACACUCCAAAGUCAACUUUGUUAUAUGCAGAUUACUUAAAAGUGACGGCGUCUUCGUCCACAUCCUUCGUAUCAGAAAUAACAGAUAAAACAUCUCAAGAGCUACCUGCUUAUAUCAUGGACUUUCUCACGACUUCAUCAACUAGUGAUUAUGACAGUCAAAACUAUUUAAAUUUAUAUAAAAUUAAAGAAGAGGACAUGAUAUCCAACAUAACCUCAGAUUUAACGUCCUUAAAGGUCACCCCCACCACCACCAAUAAUAAUAACGAUAUCACAAUCAACAGCCAAAGUUGUAUUAAGGAUGCCCCACUAACAACUGUUAAGGAUUUGGCUGUAACAUCUACAUCUACCACAACAGCGUUUAUGCCAGCGGUCACAACACACAAAACAUCCGAUCUGAUUGCAACAUCUUCACCAUCUGUAUUCACACUAAAUGAAGCAUCCAAAGAAAACCAACUGACUGCCAACACUGCCUUGACGACGAUGGUUGAUUUUGACGAUAAUUUUUAUAACAGUUUUAGUGUGAAUCUAAAUUCAUUGAUGGCCGCCGAUACUGCAAUUAGUACUGACACGGUGACAGCAGUAACAUCAGAAACUACUUCUGAAAUCUCAAAACCCUCAUUUAUAUCGGAAACAAUAUCAUCCAAUGAUACAUUUACCGCGCCAGUAUAUUUAAAUUCAGACACUACAAGCAAAUCUCUAUUUAACAUUAGUACUUUAGUUGGAAGUAACAGUGAACCCAGAGAUGUUACAAGUGAUUUUUAUACAACAACAUCAACAAUGGCAAAAACAACUACAGGAAUAUCAACAAUGCAAUCAACUUCAGUACCAUCAUCGAUAACCCCUCAAAAAUCAACAACGGCUGGUAUUAAAGCGGCCUCAAUGUUGGGUGGACUUUCGCAGAGUCUUAAGGGAGGAUUGGAUGGCGUCCUGGCCGCUGCAAGCAGCAAUGAACCACAACAACAGAAAAAAGGUUUCGGGUUUAGUUUAGCCUCAAAGCUUGUACCUAACGUGGGUGGCUUAUUAGGUUCUGGCACCAAAUCCGCUACCACUCAACCAACAAAAACUGUUGUCGUUGAGCCCACAACAACUCAAAGUCCCCAAAUAACCGAGUCAUACCAAAAGCAAAUGGAUUAUAACUAUGAUUCAACUUUGGUUACUACAGCUGCUAUAACUAGCAGCAAUUUUGUGCCAUCUUCCCUAAAUGGGGAAGCCUAUUAUGAAGAUGUUCCAAAAAGUACAAAUUCUAUCAAAGAUAUGGACUUUGUGGUAUCAACGCAUACGACAGAUAUGUAUGGCAACGGGGAACAGCAACAUGGUGGCCUUUACUAUAAUAGUAGUCAAACAACGUUUUAUCAUAUGACAAGUAGCCUUGAUUAUGCCCAAGACGAUACGGCAAAUCAUACAGAACAAAUGAUGUUUUACGAUGACGCUGCUGCAGGAGAUAUGCACGAUAUGAAUAAAGAGUAUUUUGAUGAUGGAAACCAGGCAAUUGAUGUGUAUGGCGGAUAUAGUGAGUAUGACAAUGUCACAACAACGGGACACUAUAUUGAUACCUCUACAGCGUAUUCGACUGUAAGUGAUACAGCGCACAGUGCAGUUUCAACGGGCGCACCAAUGGCAUCAACAACUAUGCAGUCGAAUAAUUCGACAACAGUGACAGCAGCCAAGAAAGCCACAAGUUCGUUAUUGUCCUCUUUAACUAAUGUAGCUUCCCAGAUUUCACAACAAACUUCUUCUGCAGCACCUGCUGCUACCACAGCUGCAGCAUCUACAUGUAGUAGUACUGCAAAUACUAGUAGUACAAAAUCAUCAAGUGGCGGCAGCAUGUUUGGUUCCUUUCUUGGCAAAGCUACAGCCGCAGUGCAAUCAGCAACGCAAGUAGUGAAUAAAGGAGCAUCAAUGGCAAGCACGAAAGUUCAAAAGAAUUUGCAACCUACAUCUGCUGUUUCGCUAAUUAAGCUAGUACAAACUGGUUCAGAUGAGCCUACUACAUGUGUUGCCAACACAGUUUAUGUGACACAAAAUAACUACCAAAUUUCACAUCAAGACUCACUAGUCAGUCCAUACACAUCGAGCCUUGGUGGCAGUGGUGAUGAUUACGAUAAUAGCAAUAUACCAACUACUACUGAUGGAGACUUUGUUCAACAUCAAUUAGAUGAUGAGCAAUAUUACUAUGCAAAUCAAAACCAACAGCUUAUAAAUCAGCAACAGUCUCAGCAAAAAUUAUUACCGACGGUGCCGCCAGCUGGUGGAUCCACUGGCAAAAAACUGCCCACCAUCAAUGAUAAAUCGGGUUGUUUAGUUAAACAACAACCGACCGAGAUUUACGAAGAGGACACCGAAGUUCUUGAUAAUAAGUCUCUAGCGUAUCUGAAGAUGGGUCCGACUUAUGACAUCGAUAGUGAGCAGGCCGAUUACUAUAUGGAUACACAGCCAGUGGCACCGUCUGCUAGACAUAUGGUAGCUAAUGGUUAUUAUGAGCACACAAAUGGUGUUGGCACUUAUGAUUAUCGGGAUGAUUAUUUCAACGAAGAGGAUGAGUUUAAGUAUCUGGAAAAAGAAAAGAUCCAAGCAACAAAUAACCAACAGUUACAACAUCAACUUCGUCAUAUACACAAACAGUCGUCCUUGCAGUAUGUAGUGGAUGAUGAUUACCAACAGGGUCAAAAUGAUAUUAUGGAUGAAGAAUACAUGGACGAUAUGUAUCACAGUGAGGAUAGUGGCAAUUAUCUAGAUGAAAGUUCCAGCGGCAGUGUGAAAGGCUUAAGAACACAUCAGCAAGCACCAUCAACCACCACAACAACCUCAUUGGACGAUUCACAUCAUCCAAUGAAAACAUCCUCGACGGCAUUACCUACCACCACUAUGUCACCGUCAGUGCCAGUAACGACAGCACCACAUCAACAGAUAAAGAAACAAGACAGUAUUAUAUUAGAAGAGGAUGAGAAGGAUGAAACUUCUUCGAUACUUGGUCUGCCAGAGACGGGCGUUACAUCACCUUCAAAAUCUCUUAGUCGCAAAUCUAGUCAUGACAUUGUUAUUGCCGAAGACGAUCAAAUGGGCGACCUUCAGAUGGUUUCAGCCAGUCUUAGAUCUUCUCAGUCACGUAAAAUGAAGCUAAUGCGUGGUGAAACGGAAGAAGUCGUUGGUGGGCAUAUGCAAAUUAUGAAACGUAAGACAGAAGUAACGGCAAAACAGCGUUGGCACUGGGCUUACAACAAAAUAAUAAUGCAGUUAAAUAAUGGCAGCACUUCGGGAGAUGUGGGCCUACGUGGUAAUGGUCAUCCUGGAGACAAUCCUUUCUACAGUAAUAUCGACAGUAUGCCGGAUAUACGACCACGUCGAAAAUCUAUACCUUUGGUGUCGGAACUUGUGCUCAAGACUAUGGCCGCGACAAAACGGAAUGCAGGUCUAACAUCUGCAGUACCUAGAGCAACCCUGAAUGAUGAGGAAUUGAAAAUGCAUGUAUAUAAGAAGGCAUUACAGGCGUUAAUUUAUCCGAUAUCAUCGACUACACCUCAUAAUUUUGUUUUAUGGACUGCAACUUCACCCACCUAUUGCUACGAGUGUGAAGGUCUUUUAUGGGGCAUUGCCCGACAAGGAGUUCGCUGUACGGAGUGUGGUGUUAAAUGUCAUGAAAAAUGCAAAGAUCUCUUGAAUGCCGAUUGCUUACAAAGAGCGGCCGAAAAGAGCUCUAAACAUGGAGCGGAGGACAAGGCACAUUCGAUAAUAACAGCCAUGAAGGAACGCAUGAAACAACGCGAAAGAGAAAAGCCCGAAAUAUUUGAAUUGAUACGAACGGUUUUCAACGUAGAGGAUAAAAGUCAUACAGGUCAUAUGAAAGCGGUGAAACAAAGCGUUCUGGAUGGCACCAGCAAAUGGUCUGCUAAAAUAGCAAUAACAGUGAUAUGUGCUCAAGGCCUGAUAGCGAAGGAUAAAAGCGGUACCAGUGAUCCAUAUGUGACGGUGCAGGUUAGCAAGGUGAAAAAGCGUACUCGUACCAUGCCCCAGGAAUUAAAUCCUGUGUGGAAUGAAAAAUUUCAUUUCGAGUGUCACAAUUCGUCAGAUCGCAUCAAGGUGCGAGUGUGGGAUGAAGAUAACGAUUUAAAAUCGAAACUGCGUCAAAAGUUAACACGCGAAUCGGAUGAUUUUCUCGGCCAAACCAUAAUUGAAGUACGAACUCUGUCUGGUGAAAUGGACGUGUGGUAUAAUUUGGAAAAACGUACUGAUAAAUCUGCGGUAUCGGGUGCAAUACGUCUUCAUAUAUCGGUCGAAAUUAAGGGUGAAGAAAAGGUAGCACCGUAUCACGUUCAAUACACCUGUUUGCAUGAGAAUUUAUUUCAUUAUCUCUGCGAAGAUAACGGAGGAAUGGUUAAGUUGCCGCAGCAAAAAGGAGAUGAUGCAUGGAAGCUUUAUUUUGAUGAAAUACCCGAAGAAAUUGUUGACGAGUUUGCGAUGCGUUACGGUAUUGAGAAUAUUUAUCAGGCUAUGACACAUUUUCACUGCCUUUCGGCCAAAUAUCUCUGCCCCGGUGUGCCAGCAGUCAUGAGUACAUUAUUGGCCAACAUAAAUGCUUAUUAUGCUCAUACAACUGCUUCAUCGGCCGUUUCGGCAAGUGAUCGUUUCGCUGCUAGUAACUUUGGAAAAGAAAAGUUUGUAAAACUCUUGGACCAAUUACACAAUUCAUUACGAAUUGAUUUAUCAAUGUAUCGCAAUAAUUUCCCCGCAUCUAGUCAAGAAAAGCUAAUGGAUUUGAAAUCGACUGUGGAUCUUUUGACCAGUAUAACAUUUUUCCGCAUGAAAGUACAAGAAUUAUCAAGUCCACCGAGAGCAAGUACAGUCGUCAAAGAUUGCGUCAAAGCUUGUCUUAGAUCCACUUAUCAAUUCCUUUUCGAGAACUGUUACGAAUUAUAUAACAGGGAAUUUCAGGUGGAUCCAAACGAAGCCAAACGUGAAUCUGACGACCACGGACCAAAAUUGGAUAGUGUGGAUUUUUGGCAUAAGUUAAUUGCAUUAAUCGUGUCAGUGAUCGAUGAGGACAAAAAUAGUUAUGGAACUGUACUGAAUCAAUUUCCACAAGAGCUCAAUAUAGGACAACUGUCGGCUGCUACCAUGUGGGGCUUGUUCGCUGUUGAUAUGAAAUAUGCCCUGGAAGAGCAUGAACAGCACCGCUUAUGUAAAUCAUCGGAGUAUAUGAAUUUACAUUUUCGUGUCAAGUGGUUGUACAGUAAUUACGUUAAAGAAGUGCCACCACACAAAGGUGCUGUUCCUGAAUACCCAGCGUGGUUUGAGCCUUUCGUUAUGCAAUGGCUUAAUGAAAACGAUGACGUAUCUUUAGAGUAUCUUCAUGGAGCCUUCAAUCGCGACAAAAAAGAUGGGUUUCAAAAAAGUAGCGAACAUGCGCUGUUUUCAAAUUCAGUGGUUGACGUUUUCACUCAACUGACACAAUGUUUCGAUGUUGUUAGCAAACUCGAGUGUCCAGAUCCUGAAAUAUGGAAACGUUACAUGAGACGUUUUGCUAAAACAAUCGUAAAGGUGCUAAUAGCUUAUGCCGAUAUUGUGAAAAAAGAAUUCCCAGAACACAUGCAGGAUGAACGUAUUGCGUGUAUUUUAAUGAAUAAUAUUCAACAAUUGCGUGUGCAGUUGGAAAAAAUGUUCGAAUCCAUGGGCGGCGAUAAAUUAGAAGAGGAUGCGGCGAAUAUACUUAAAGAACUGCAACAAAAUCUCAAUUCUGCCCUGGAUGACUUAGCUUGCCUUUUCGCCAUAAGUCUGGAACCACGUAUUACUCAAUCGGUACGGGAGCUUGGUGAUUUGCUGCUCGCAAUUAAGGGUGGUGGAGGAAGUGGCAACAUAAAUGCUCAAAAUCAAGUAGCCCAACGAAAUGCUGUGGCCGUGGAAGCAGACGAAGUGUUGCGACCACUAAUGGAUCUUUUGGAUGGUUCCUUAACUCUUUACGCACAAUCAUGCGAAAAGACAGUACUUAAACGUCUGUUGAAGGAACUGUGGAAGAUAGUAAUGCGCACGCUAGAAAAGACUAUCGUGUUGCCUCCAAUGACUGAUAAAACGAUGAUGUUCAAACAUCUAACGGACAAUGCUAAAAACCUCGCCUCUAACGCUAAAAUAGAAGAUAUGGGUCGUCUAUUUAAGUCACAUAUGGCUGGAAAGCAAGAUGUUAAAAGUGCUUUAAGCGGUGUAAUGGAUAUUUCAAAAGAAGUCGAAAAGAAUUUAUCGCCUAAACAAUGUGCUGUUCUUGACGUGGCCUUAGAUACAAUUAAGCAGUACUUCCAUGCCGGUGGCAAUGGACUGAAGAAAACGUUCCUUGAAAAAUCACCAGAACUCCAAAGUUUACGUUAUGCAUUGAGCCUUUAUACCCAAAUGACUGAUACGCUUAUUAAAACGUUUAUCUCCAGCCAAGUGCUUGAAGUUGAUCCCGAAAAUCAAGAAGAAAGUGUGGGCGAAAUAUCUGUACAAAUUGAUCUAUACUCACACCCUGGAACGGGCGAAUAUAAAGUGAAUGUAAAAGUUGUGGCAGCAAAUGAUCUUAAAUGGCAAAUUCCAUCUGGCAUGUUUCGUCCCUUUGUUGAGAUCAAUCUUAUUGGACCCCAUUUACAGGAUAAGAAGCGUAAAUUUGCUACCAAAUCGAAAUCGAACAAUUGGUCGCCGAAAUACAACGAAUCCUUUAAUUUCACUAUUGGCACUGAAGAACAACUGGAUUUUUUCGAAUUGCACAUCUGUGUCAAAGAUUACUGCUUUGCAAGAGAUGACAGAUUAGUGGGUGUGGCCGUUAUACCUCUAAAGGAUAUACUAGAAAAAGGUUCGGUUGCUUGUUGGCUGCCAUUACAAAGAAGAAUUCAUAUGGAUGAGACUGGAUGGACAAUUUUACGUAUUCUAUCUCAACGCAAUAAUGAUGAAGUAGCCAAAGAAUUUGUUAAGCUAAAAUCGGAGAUCCGGCAGGAACCAACCGCCGGCACGUAGAGAUUGAAAUGAAUAAAAUCAUUUUACGCACACACCCACAAACACUUGACAAAACCUACUAACCAACCAUACAUACAUACUUGCAUGCAAAUUUAAAGACUUUCAUACGUUUAUACAUACAUAUAAAACAUACUUAAGUACAUACCUACAUAAAUUAAUAUAUAUAUAUCGAAUAUUUUCAAAUAUAUAAAAACAAAUUAAAAAAAUAUUAAUAAUAAAAACAAAAUACUUA